AUGAACCCUCCUUCAGGGCCAAGAGCCCCGCUGGGCCCGGUGCAGGAAUCCAGCUGCCUGGCCACCCCAGCCUCCUCCAGCAGGUGGGACAGCACCCGGAGCAGCGCCUCCAGCCUGGGCCACCCUCCGUCCAUCAGCCCCACGGCAGUCAGGGCUCAGGCUGCUGCCUGGGUCCCCUUCCCCACUGUUGAUGUUCCAGACCACGCCCACUACACCCUGGGCACAGUGAUCCUGCUGGUGGGACUCACGGGGAUGCUGGGAAAUCUGACGGUCAUCUAUACCUUCUGCAGGUGCCCGGUUGGCAGGCAUCUGACCCCUCCCAGGAGCAGAGGCCUCAGGACGCCUGCCAACAUGUUCAUUAUCAACCUCGCGGUCAGCGAUUUCCUCAUGUCCUUCACUCAGGCCCCCGUCUUCUUCGCCAGCAGCCUCUAUAAGCAGUGGCUCUUUGGAGAAGCAGGCUGUGAAUUCUAUGCCUUCUGUGGGGCUCUCUUUGGCAUCACCUCCAUGAUUACCCUGACGGCCAUCGCCCUGGACCGCUACCUGGUGAUCACACGCCCACUGGCCACUGUCGGGAUGGUGUCCAAGAGGCGGGCAGCGCUUGUCCUGCUGGGCGUCUGGCUCUAUGCCCUAGCUUGGAGUCUGCCGCCCUUCUUUGGCUGGAGUGCCUAUGUGCCCGAAGGCCUGCUGACCUCUUGCUCCUGGGACUAUGUGAGCUUCACGCCAUCGGUCCGCGCCUACACCAUGCUGCUCUUCUGUUUUGUGUUCUUCCUCCCCUUGCUCAUCAUCAUUUACUGCUACAUCUUCAUCUUCAAGGCCAUCCGAGAGACGGGCCAAGCUCUCCAGACCUUCGGGACCUGCGAGGGUGGUAGUGAGUGUCCCCGGCAGCGGCAGCGGCUACAGAAUGAGUGGAAAAUGGCCAAGAUCGAGCUGCUGGUCAUCCUUCUCUUUGUGCUCUCCUGGGCCCCCUACUCCACUGUCGCCCUGAUGGGCUUUGCUGGGUACGCACAUAUCCUGACGCCCUACAUGAACUCGGUGCCAGCUGUCAUUGCCAAGGCCUCUGCCAUCUACAACCCCAUCAUUUACGCCAUCACCCACCCCAAGUACAGAUUGGCCAUCGCCCAGCACCUGCCCUGCCUGGGGGUGCUGCUGGGCGUGUCGGGCCAGCGCACUGGCCUGUACACCAGCUACCGCUCCACCCAUCGCUCCACACUGAGCAGCCAGGCCUCGGACCUCAGCUGGAUCUCUGGACGGAGGCGCCAGGCAUCCCUGGGCUCUGAGAGUGAGGUGGGCUGGACGGACACAGAAGCAACAGCUGCCUGGGGGGCUGGCCAGCAGGUGAGCGGAUGGUCCCCCUGCAGUCAGCGCCUGGACGACGUGGCAGCCAAGGCCCUUCCCAGGCCCCAGGGACGGGACUCAGAGGCUCCCGGGAAGGCCAAGGGGCUGCUCCCCAACCUGGACGCCAGGAUGUAGGGUGACCAUCAUUCCUGCCUGCCAUCUGGGACACGUCCAGCUCCUUCACGUCUCCCUCACACACACAGACCCAGCGUUACCCGUGGGCUUGCAGGCUUUGGAAGCAGCCCUGUCACCCAUGCUCGUCUAGAUUCAUGGCCCCGUACCACGAAACUCCUGCUCUGCAAUGUGGGCUGCACCCACUUCUCAGUCCAACAGCCUGCACCUCAGGCUCAGACGGAAGAGUGGCGCCCAGGCCCUCCCGCUGCGGGGAGUCGUCCGCCUGUCCUCGGAUGCUGUGUGCUGCGAUUGUCCAGGCGAUGAUAAUAGGGAUCGCUCGGUCAGACACCGCAGCUAUUUAUGAGCUGCCUCUGCACUUGGGCUGGGCAUUUCACUGGCACAGAAAGGACAGCACUGUGUCUCCCGCGGCCGGCAGUCACAGCCGCACACAGAC